AUGCAGACAGUAGACAAACGCGCCGACGCCGUCCACAACGCAGACGAUGUCGACAUGCGGGAAAGUGUGAACGCUUUGAAAGGAAAGGAGCCCGCAGCUGCACUCGCAGUUGCCUCUGAACCACAUAUCGAUAAGGCGGAUGUUUCACUCUUUCCCAGCCCAGCCCACGGAAAAAAUGAGAACGGCGGCAGUCGAGGGGGUCAUCCGGCAUACACGGAUGAGGGGCGGCCGAGUCAUGCAUCGAGCGACGUUCGGAAGACUAACACCAACGAGGGUUUUAAAACUAAUCGUUGCGAUGCUGCGGGGGGGCCCUAUCAAAAUGAAGGGAUUUCAAAUCCGUCUGAGUAUUUGCGGUGGCGACAACGGAGAAAAAAUUUGACUUCCGCGGAUUAUUGGCGAGCGGCGGAGAAGGAGCGCGUCAUUGGCCUUGGCACGGUCGGUCUCUUUCAAGAUCAGCAGCCUGACAGCCCCCCGCCUGGAGAGGCGUCUGCGUGCGUCAAUGGCACCAUCAUCGUGGGGCCACCGGGGUACGUGCGGAAGGUCAAAGACUACAAUGAUUGGCGUGAGAAGCACAGUGAACUUUUCUCCACCUUGAGAAAUCAGGAUGAGAGGGAGCGGCAGUGCAUGCGUCUGCGCCGGCUCCACGAGAAGGCAAGACAGCGGGAAGAAGAAGAAUAUGAAUAUGCCUCCGCCGUCAGACGUCUGCGUAGGCGCGGGUGGUCGGUGUUGGGGAACGCUCCACGACAAGUGGAUCACACACGGUUUAACCAAAUAAAGGCCGAGCGUGAGGCCUUUCGUGCGGAAUGUGAAGGGAAUGUAGUGCGCAAGAUUCAAGAGGCCUCAAAGCAACGUGAAAACAUCUUACAGCAAGUUGCCAUGUAUAAAGAAGAGAAGGCACGUCAGGAGAAUAUUGUGCGGGAUGCCGCACGGCAGGAGCGCGAGGAACAGAACGCCAAACGAGAGGAGUAUUUAACGCUCCUUAAAGAACGGGCAGCCAACACACGGGCGAUAGCUGAAGAAGAGCGGGAGUUUAUUCGCGAGUGUGCGGCUACGGAAAGUAAAUAUCGGCAGAACCGUAUCGAUAUUUUGCGUGAACGCGUCUUUGCAAAGACGUAUACGAACGGCCUUCUCACCAACCUCUCAAGCACCUUGCGUGGAGCUGGCAGGCAGUACCCACCGGGGGACUGGCGCAACACCUUUAAGAGUCCGCUGCGGCGGCUACCCAACGCCAGCGACGAUGCCUUUCGUAAGCAGUGGGUGACGGAGUUGCAGGAGGAGCGGCGGGCGGUGGCACGGGCGGAGGUGGAGCUAAUGAAACGUCUGCAGACAUCCGCCCAACGCGAGGCCGCAUACCGCGACAAUUGUGAGCGUGCUGAGGCCCUCCGCAAAGAGAAGGAUGCAUUGCGGGAGAGGAAAAAACAGCAAUGCGAGGAAGUUCAGCUGUUUCACAAAGCUCUGCGUCAACAGGAAGUGGAAGGACAGAAAAGACGUGAAGAAGUCCUCCGUGCACUGCGUGAGUCAAAGCGGGAGGCGGCCUCGAUUAUUCGGCAAGCCAUAGAAGAAGAAGAAAUGAUGUUUCAAACGCUGGAGGAUGAAGAACUGCGGCAACUGCAGGAACGCGUGGCACAGAUGAAGAAGAAUAAAACGUUUCCACCUCGAAUGGCUUUAUCACCUCCUGCAGAAAGAGUUUUGUAA